AUGGACGCCAUAUUUGUCUUUGUACCCGGUCUACGAUUCAGCAUCCCUCUGGGAGUUUUAUCCCAGCCCGGCAAGCAAAAAUCUUGCUGGUCAUAUGACUGCACCGCACCCACUUGGUUGGCUCCAUUUUUAAUCGUAGUUACUGUUGGGGGUCCCGCGGUUGGUCGGCCCUUCUACCAGCAGGCGCUGGUGGUGAUCGAGCUCUUUUGCCCCAGUAGCCUACAGGUUAUGAGACCGUUGAGCGUGAGCCCCGCUGUGGUCAACAUGCAUGGGUUCGAUCCCAGAAUGGACUUAAAAAUUCCUAACAAAUACCCUGGACAUUUUAACAGUGCCAAGAGACAUCCUAGGAGUGUGCCCUAG